CUCCGAUCUGGGAUAUCCUCCUUGUACACAGCACAAAAGCGCUCUCUCCGAGCUGAUAAUAGCAACAAGUUGGGCACAUUGUCUAUCGCCUGCCUUUCUGUAGCAUUUUCAUGAUCGAGAUCACUCACUGUAUGCCUAUCAUGUAUAGUAGGGAAGUGUGUUGUGCUACGCCCCACUGUUUCCUCUUCUUUUGUGGGUUUCUAUGACGUAUGCGCUCACCACGCCAACCUUUCCAGCAGUUCCAGUGAGCUCAUGCCCGUAGAUGGGUCCAAAGAAAGCCGUUGCUGCGCUUGUGUGAGGCCAUGACGUUAAAGAGUAACUGACGAUCUACAAAGGCCUGUUGUGUGAUCAUGUAUAUAUUCAAGGGACGGAAGAGCUCUGUGGGCUGACGCAAGUUCAACUCAUGUUCAACCCAACCACACCCAAACAACCGUCCUUCUUACUACUUAUUCUCACACCAAAGCAAUCAAAUAUUUCAUCAUGUCAGGAAACUCCAACGUCGGGAACAGCCAGGUUUAUGAGGCCGGUGACCAGAGAAACGCCAAGUCCUCUGAGCUUGGGUCAGACCGAUUCCACGAAGGCGUCAAGCACUCUCACAACAACAAUGAUCCCAAGGAUAACCGGUCUCUUGUCAACCGUGCUGCCACUGAGCGACAGGAUGAGGGCUCAGAAGACUCUGUAGAGACAGCCCAACUCAAGAAGGACCCCACACUCCCUGCCAAGAUGCACGGUAACGAGCCUUCUCGAGGCGCCAAGAUCGAUGCCGAACUGCAAGCAGAGGACGAGGCCACGCUCAGGAAGAAGAAUUAG